AGUUAUACCCCUUCUUCUGCAAGUUUGUCUUUUUUCUUUUUUUGGAACUUCUUCUGCAAGUUUGUUGGGUUUUUAUAUCUGUUUGAAACUCAUUAUUUCUCAUCACCUCCCAUUUGCUUUCCCUCCUCCCAAGUCGUAAUUCUCUCUGCCCUCCUUAUCAGAUGAAAACCGAGAUGGAUACUCAUACUCCCUUGACGUUAGAAGAACGGUUAAAGAAAAUAGAAAAUGCCAUUGCAAGGAAGAAGCUGCUCGCUGAUGGACAGUGCGUUCCUUCAUUUACUACCGCAGAAAAUAUGGAGAUAUAUGAUUGUGUUUUCAAGCUGUGCAACCGGAAGCGUACGCACUAUUCAGAGCAGAUUUAUGAGAAAUAUUUGAACUAUUUAGAGGAGAGAAUUAUGGAAAAGGUGAUUCCAAGAUUGCUGGGGAAACAUGGGACAGCACUGUUAAAAGAAGUUGCCCAUUCUUGGUCAGAGUUUAAGGCAUUUGCAGACUCUAUAUACAAGUUCUUCGAGUACCUGGAUCGUUUCUAUGUUCCACGGAGGGGACUUCUAUUACUUGCUGAUGCCCCAAAACAUUACUACGGAAGACAGGUCUGCGAGAGUCUGUAUGGAAAAUGUCAGGAAGCUAUAAUAAACUUGAUUGCUGAAGAUCGCGAGGGGAAGAAUAUUGAUAGAAAUCUGCUCAAUACUGUGCUUGGUUUAUUUAUAGCAUUGGGUGGCAAUGGAACCACAAAUUAUUAUGAAAAAUUUGAGCAGAUAAUGUUGGCAGAAACUGCAGCUUACUACUGUGAGUUGUCCAUGCAGUGGUGGUUUUGGCACGAUUCAUUAUCUUCCUACCUGCGCAAGGUUGAUUGGUGCUUAGUUCAGGAGGAAGCCAGAGCAGAAGCUUACCCUUGUGAGACAACAAAAGCAAAAGUACUUGAGGUCAUGAAAUAUAUAUUGCUGGAAAGAAACGCCAAGCGAUGGGCUGGGAGGCAAAAGGCUAAUGGGGUGGCAGCUGAAGAUCAGGAACUUUUAUCAAAGUACGCCUGCUUAAGCCUUGAUAUGGAUAGCAGUGCUUCUGUGAGCAGGGCAACAGACCUUUGAUUUCUGUACAUAAAGGGGCCUUUUUUCUUUUUUUUUUUUUUAUUUUUUUAUGCAGGCGUUAUUUGGAAUAUGCUUCUAGUAGUUUCUGCAUUGAUGCAAGUGCAUAUGGUUUGUAAUCCCUAAAUUAGCUGCUGAUACAGUGCUGUCUAGGUCAAAUUUAAAUUCUGGAAUUUGGUGUUUUAUAUAUAUAGUCUGCCCAAUAAAUAAAAAAAUAUUCAUAUAUAAUCAAGAUUGAAAAGUUGUUGUUU